AUGCGCUUUUCUCUGACUUUUGCGUCCUUACUCUCCUCGGUGUUUGUCUGCACGGCCGCUGCCGCAGAUGCCAUCUCUCAAGCUGCACUGGCAUCUUCAGUCUCAGCAUCGAUGACUUCUGCAGUCACGAUAUCCAAUACUCAAGCUACCGAGACUUUACCACUGACUACCAGCACCGCGAGUUCGUCCCAGCCCACUGCUACCGGCGUCCAAGACAUCAAUCUCAUUCGGGAGCGCCGUUUGACAUCGAUUAUAUCCGGGCUCUCGGGCUCUAGCGAUGGAAUUGCAGGCUGGCUUGCUUCUCUCGACUCUGACGGUAAAUGGCCCGAUGUGAACUAUGCCACAGGAUGUGCUGCCCAGCGCGCCAACUGGCCGGCCAGAGAUCACUGGGCCCGAUUGAUUACUAUGGCUGGCGCUUGGCAUGGUGGACUUCCCGGUGUCAGCGAGUACGUCAAAGAUGCCAGCCUCGAAUCCGCCAUCCUUCUUGGGAUGAGAUGGUGGUUCGAUCGCGAUUUCACCAACCCUGCAUGCUUGGACAAUGGUGGCAGUGCAAGUUGCCCGUGCAACUCCACAGAGACCCUACUUUGGAAUACGAAUUGGUACAGUAAUGUCAUCGGAGUACCGCAGUUGGUGGUGGACGUGUGUCUCAUUAUGGGAACAGAUGUUCUUACUGAUGCAGAUGAGAGCCACUGUAUGCUCAUGUCGACUCGUUCAUACGGUGCUUUCGCUCGACAUGCGAGCUACAUGACUGGAGCCAAUAUCCUGGAUGUAGCCAAGAUCGGAAUAGACGCAGGGCUUUUGUCUUCGAAUGAGUCUUUUGUCGCCGAUGCUUAUAGUAAAAUUCACCAAGAACUUUCCAUCAAAGACGGUAUCAUGGUAGAUGGCAUUAGGUCUGACGGUAGUUUUGGUCAGCACGGGGGCUUGCUCUAUAACGGAAAUUAUGGCACUGUCUACUCCAACGAUGUUAUGGACCUUGAACUUGCAGCAGCAGGAACCCAAUUUUCGGCGAGUUCUGCUUCCAGGACCGCCUUAGCCAAUCUUUUUGAUGGGGACAAAUGGAUGAUUGUUUACAAUGCGAUUAAUGGUGUACUUCACUGGGAUUUUUCUGUUCUUCCGAGAUUCAUCAGCUUUCCUGUCAUCGACGGACAGGCCACUGCUGACAUUGGAAUGAAUUUAACGGCGGUCGAGGAAUUGGGUAAUGAAUGGAUGUCAAGUACGCUAACAGAUUUUGGAGCCAGUUUAAGCGACUAUGAUCUAGCACACGCUAAUGCUGGAAACCUUAUUGGCAACCGUAUGUUUUACGCCAACGAUUACAUGGUUCAUCGUGGUAAAGAGUAUGUCACGACUCUUAAGAUGUUUUCUUCGAGAACAAAAAACACCGAGUGUACCAAUUCGGAAAACCCAUUCGGAUUCCACCUUUCAGAUGGUGUCCGUUACACAUACCUCAAUGGCAACGAGUAUGAAGACAUCGCUGCGGCUUGGGAUUGGAACCUCAUUCCAGGAAUCACUGUUGAUUAUAACGCAACGGUGUUGAGCUGCUCGAGCAGUCAGUUCACUGGACUACAAGCUUUCGUGGGUGGGGUGUCAGAUGGUCAAGCUGGUGUUGCAGUUAUGCGGUAUCUGAACCCUUCCACGAAGCUGCUGAGCUGGCAGAAGGCCUGGUUCUUCCUCGAAGACGAUGUACAGCACGUCAUGGUCGCCAAUAUCUCGUCCAAAAGCAAUGCACCAGUCUAUUCUGUCCUAGAUCAAAAGCGUUACGUCGGACCAUUAGUGGUAGACGAGUACGAUGAAGCUGGGUCUGUGACAGGGGCUAGAUCAUUGUGGCAUGGAAAUGUUGGUUAUGUCCUCGAUCCACAGGAAUCCACAUCGAUCUCUUUCAGCGUCGAGGAGAAACGCGGUAAUUGGUCAUCAAUUGGCAUAUCUACUCAGCCUCCUGCGGAUGUCACGCUUUUCACGGCGUGGCUACAGCAUGAUUCUUUGAAUUCCUCUUCAUCGUAUACGGCUUUCCCUGGUACAUCCCUUGACGCUUUCCUUUCCAAGAGCCGCCAAUUCUCUCUUCAGUCCGCUCAGAACGAUGCACAGGUAUCAGCAAUCUAUGACCAGGCCCACGAAACGGUCUUUGCCGUCUUUUGGAACGAAAAUGGUGGCUCUACAAAGCUCGAUGUUUCUCUUCCCAAAUAUUCCGAAGCCCGCUCUCUUUCUAUCACGGCAAACGGUAACAUUGCACUCAUUUAUGAUCAACGAACCGACUUUAUUACGGUCUCUGACCCCUCGCAAACGCUUACCGCAGUGGAGAUCACCUUCGUUUUUACAAGGGGCGAGAAGGAGACGCAAACGAAAAGCUUGGUAGUGGCUUUUCCGACAGGUGGCUUGGCGGGAAGCAGUGUUUUCCAACGAAUCUGA